GGAAGUGCUAGCUCGAUCGAGGUUCUUAUAUUCUUCGAUCGUCCGCUUCUUGUAAAGCUAAAACAAUUGUAUCCCCAGGUCACCAACUCCUGAAAACCCAGCUUAUAUUGUCGUCAAACAUUUCCGAGUAUCAUGAAGCAAAAGAUCGUCAUUGAGGUAAUAUGUAAGAAACGCCGUUCCAAAGCCAUGGCCCUGGCUGCUACAAAACAUGGGGUUUCGUCAGUGUCAUUAGAUGGGCAAAACCCAUAUCAACUGGUGGUGGUCGGAGAUGAUGUUGAUGCAGCUUGCUUGAUAGAAUAUUUGAGAAAGAAGGUUGGCCAAGCUAGCUUAGUAACCGUGGAAAAAAUAGUGGAGAAAGUGCCCGAGAAGAAAAAAGAUCCACCUCCAGCUUGUGUGUGCAAAGUACCACCUUAUUGUUACCAACCACCGAUGGGAUUUUGUCAUGGGGUUUAUGUCGAAUAUCCACCUGGUUGCAAUGUCUGCUGGGGGAAUGGAUUUCACUGGCCCUGGUACUGAUCAUCUAGCACGCCGGAGUAGAUUCGUUUCCUUCAUUAUUAAUUUUUUUGCCUUUUAAAAUAAUUUUAUCUUGAGAUGUAGAUCAUCUUUAUUAUAUAGUGAAUGUUUGUUCUAUCCUAAUCUUAAAAAGAUCAUAAUGUACGUUCAUGAUUACUUGUGAUCAGAUUAUCGUCUA